AUGCCUGAAGAGCUCCUAAUCGAGUUCUUCCAGAGAGGCUUGCAACCCGAUUUACUGCAGCGCGUGAUGUGCUGGGAUUACCCCAAAACCUUUAAUGGACGAGUUGCUAUGGCUGGCGAGAUGGAGGAGCAAUGGCGCACUGUAGAAGCGAGAACCCGACUUCCGCCCUUACCCGGAACAAAGAAGGCGGCACCCAAGGCGAAGACGAGCGCGCCGGAAAGUAGCAGGAGCCGUCGCGUCUGUUUCAACUGUGGGGAGCUGGGGCACUUUGCCACAGCGUGCCCUAAAGCGAAGCCGGAACCGGGAGGUAAGAAGACGGAGCGGAAGGGGCUGAAGUCUUCAAAGCCCAGCAAGAAAGAGUCAGCGGCGGUCGGCAGCGAGGCAGGUAACAUGGAAAAAUGGGGAAACGCAACUCCCAUGACUGAAUUCGUGCUCGUCGGGCUCUCAAAGAACCUCAAAGUCCAUGCUGGUUUGUUUGUCCUCUUCUUGGUUAUCUACCUCAUUGCUGUAGCCGGCAAUGCCCUCAUGCCGACUAUCCCGCUGGGCAGAUGUUUUGCUCAGAUGGGCAUCAGCAUCCUGUUAGCUGUGACUGAGUCCGUUUUGUUAGCUGUGAUGGCUUAUGACCGUUUUGUGGCAAUAUGCUACCCUCUGCGCUACAACCUGAUCAUGAGUCGCAAUGUAUGCAUCCAGCUGGCUGUGAGCCUAUGGGUCAGCACCUUCCUUUUCACUAUGGUCCCCUUUUUUAGCAUGCAGAUAACUUUUUGUGGGCGAAAUGUGGUAAAUCAUUUCAAGUGUGAAUUGCAGGCAGUGUUGAAGUUGGCUUGCUCUGACACCCAUGCCAGUGGGCUUAGCAUGAUAAUAACCAGUGUCUUUACACUAGCAUUCCCCUUCCUCUUUAUCUUGGUGACCUAUGGACGUAUUGGUCUCGCCGUUUUGCGAAUCCACUCAGCACAAGGUCGGAGCAAAGCCUUGUCCACCUGUGGCUCUCAUCUCACUGUAGUGAGCAUUUAUUACGGCACUAUCUUGGCCAUGUACUUGAGACCUCAGGCCAAGACAUUCUCUGACAGGGAAAAAGUAGUGGCGGUCUUUUAUGGAGUUGUGAUCCCCACAUUAAACCCCAUCAUUUAUAGCCUGAGGAACAGGGAUGUGAAGGGAGCACUCUGCAGGCUGGCUGGGAAGAAAAUAGAGGAAUAA